UCAUAUCCCACUUCUCCGUCUAAGUUACGUGCUCAUAUUUAAAAAUAUUAAAACAAGUUUCCAGAACUUUUUAUGUACAUUCGAUUUUCUUAUUCUUAUAUAUUGUGUAUUGUAAUGAAUUUUUUGUUAGAAGCUGAUUCCAUUUUUGUCUGUUUAUAAUCCAUGUAUAGUGACGAUCUAAGGCUAACAUGUCAUUUUAUAUCUAAUGAAAAAAGGAAAAAUUGAAUAAAAAAUAAUCAAAAUGAACACCUUUUACUGCUGAGUGCUGAGCAUUUCAAGUGUUGGAACGUUGCUGCUCUGAUUGUUUUAUCAUGAAUGGAUACUUUACUUUGGCUGUUUCCUUUUCAGUUUCACCCUUGUGACUAUUCUUGAGUAAUUUAUAAAUCUAAAAAAGGGUAAGUUACUCUUUAUACACCUUCGUGUAUAUUUCCAUAGCAAUUAUAGUCUCUCCUUAGUCCUUGUACUUUUAGUGGCUUUCCCCCAACUAUAUCAAUUUCAGCCCUCUUUGUUAACAGUGGAAUAAGCAUUCAUGGAUGUUACUUUAUUACAGUUUACGAUUGAAUCAUUAUAUCUGUUGUUACACAACAUAAGAUUGGUCAUUGAACAUACUCCCUAUUAACUAUUUCUUCAGUUAACUAUUGCUCAUGCUGUUUGUUUGUUUGUUUACCCAUCUUUCCAUAGGUUUCUUCACAUUCAGGGUUAUGGAUCCUAGGUUCAACAGGUUUCCCGACUCCUCUGCGACCGAAUGCCAGUUGGAAAAUGAGAUCAUUCUUUCUACGUUAAAAGAAUCACAAGACAUUCCAGACAGCCAUAAGGAUGCCACUUCUAUGACACAUGCUCCUACUUUGGACUCCCGAAAUGAUCACGACUCUGGUCCCGCACUCAAGUACAUUAGCCAGAUGCUAGUGGAUGAUAGUAACAUUGAUGAGAAUAAUUAUCCCUGCUUGUUUUAUGACCCUAAUUCCCUCAGAGCUGUUGAGAAUGUCUUUUAUGAUGCCCUUCAUCAAAACCCUUCAGUGCCUUAUCAAGUACCUCUUUUUGUUAACAAUAAAUCUGGGAGCCUGGACAGCACAUUUGGGUGCUCCGGUGAUUAUAGUACCGGACUAUUUAGUUCUUCAUAUCGCUUGAAUAGUAUAGUGAAUACCAAAAUGGACACUUCUGAAACUGUUGUGUUGGGUCCAAAUGUGUUUAAUGAUACUGAGUCCAUCUUGCAAUUCAGGAGAGGUGUAGAGGAAGCAAGUAGGUAUUUUCCUUCCGGAAAUCAGUUGCUUUUCAAUAUAGAGAAGGGGCAUUCAUCUGAUUCCUCUAGAGGAAAGAAGCACCAACACCGAGGUGAUGUCGGGUUAGAGGAAGAAAGAAGCAGUAAGCAAUCUGCAGUUUAUGGGGAGGAUGAGGUGCUUGAGUUAGUAGAGUUGUUUGAUAAGAUUUUUCUGUUCUCCAAUAAUAUGGAUCCUCCAUCUGUAGUUGAGAAGAGCACCCAACAGAAAGGGCGAGGUCGUGGGAAGGGAUAUUCAAAGAAACAAGGAGGGGCUUGUGAAAAUGUGGAUAUAGAGUCUCUUUUAACCAGCUGUGCACAGUCUAUUGCUGAAGCUGAUCAUAGGAUUGCAGAAGAAAAGUUAAAGAAGAUUAGGCAGUACUCUUUGCCAACCGGUGAUGCAAAUCAAAGGCUGAGUCAUGCUUUUGCAAAUGCUCUUCAGGCACGGAUGGAUGGAACUGGCGCACAACAAUAUGCGGCGCUAGCUUCAAAUAAGAUCACAGCUUCUGGAAUGAUAAAAACCUAUGACACUUACAUUUCAUCCUUUCCAAUCACGAGAACAUCAUUUGUCUUUGCAAAUACAAUGAUUUAUGAAGUAGCUUUGGAAAGUAAAUCACUGCACAUAAUAGAUUUUGGUAUUCUUUAUGGUUUCCAGUGGCCCCUUCUUAUAAAAAAUCUCUCACAAAGACCUGGAGGACCUCCUAAACUUCGAAUAACUGGAAUUGAGCUUCCCCAACCUGGUUUUCGUCCAGAAGAAAUGGUACAAGAGACUGGUUGUUUUUUGACAAAAUAUUGUGCACGAUUUGGAGUACCAUUUAAGUACAAUGCCAUAACAACUCAAAGUUGGGAGACAGUUAAACUUGAGGAUUUAAAGCUUGUGACUGGUGAGAUUGUUGCUAUUAACUGUUUGUAUCGAUUCGAAAACCUACAUGAUGAAACAGUUGUUGAUUUUGAUACUCCGGAUUUCCCCAAGGGUGCAGUUCUAAACUUAAUCCGCAAAAUAAAUCCAAAAAUUUAUGUGCAAUCAGUUCUAAGCGCAGCCCACAACUCUCCUUUCUUUUUUACUCGGUUCCGAGAAGCUCUCUAUUUCUACGCUGCAAACUUUGAUAUGUAUGAUGCUACUUUACCCGGUGAUGAUCCUCAGAGGUUGAGUAUUGAAGAAUCCAGGGCAUGUGAAAUAAUGAGUAUCGUAGCUUGCGAGGGCAUGGAAAGAUUAUAUAGGCCUGAAACAUACAAGCAGUGGCAUUUGCGUAAUAUGAGAGCUGGGCUAAAGCCUAUGCCCGUUAGCCCGGAGCUUGUGAAGGAUUUAAGAGACAAGGCGGAGGCAAGGUAUCGCAAAGAGUUUCUGUUUUCAGAAGAUGGUCAUUGGAUAUUGCAGGGAUGGAAAGGUAGAACUUUUUGUGCUAGCUCUUGCUGGGAAUCUGCAGAAUGAGAAACUAAGAAACUAUGAUAGCAUGGAAGGUAGCAUGUUUACAUUAUUUACUGGUGCCAACAUGCCAAGGCCCUAACUUUUACUGAGAUGUUCUGAGAAAGUGCUGUUUGGGAACAUCAAUUAUGGUUGUGGUCUAGUUUUGGAUGCAUUCUCUUUGAAAGUAGUUCCAGGUGAUCAUUUGAUCGUGUGAAAAUACAUGCUCUCCAUGGUAGUUCAUGGCAUUCUCUAACAUGAAACCUUGUCUUACUCUCUUUAACCUGUUGAUGCUAAUGGGCUUUUGUUCGUUUAUGAUUAAAUGCUUUCCUUUUUAUCCAAGUUAAAUGUUCAUCUCACUUUUGUCUAUAUCUCUAGUAUAAUUUGUGUCAUUAUUCCUUGAUGGUACAGUUUCCU